UGGUCGCGGCAUACGUACUCAAUCUCUUGUCAAACUCAGAAGAAUUUUAAAAAUUCUUCUUCUGAGUUCUGACUUUUAUUGAUUACAAUUUACAAAUAAUUGUCAAGGAAAGAAGAAAUCAGCAGCUCAAAAUAUUGUUCGUUGCAUCUUGCAAGUGAUGAUGGAGGACAUAAAAGACGUAAAAUUUGUUGAAAUGAAAGAUUCGAAAUUUCUUCGUCCGUACAGGGUUGUGUACAAACAAGAUGGAGUCGAGAAGAUCUGGGAUUGUAUUAGAGCACAUAAUUCUGUUUCAAUUCUCAUAUUUAAUAUAACAAGGGUUAGGUUAGGCCAUCUGGGCCAAGCACUGCGGCUAAGACAGGCUAGGGGGCCCAGCGCCGCGGCCAGGACAGACCUCAAAUUAAGCAUCGAAGAGAGGGAGGGGAUUUUAAAAGAAAAUAUAUAUCUCAACUAUUUUAGGGUAUGUGCAGAGAAGAACAUUGAGAUAAAAUCUGGUGUUGGAUGGGAGGAUGUUGAUGGUAAGGUUGGUGUAACCCUGGAGCUGUGUGCAGGGAUAGUUGACAAGGAUCUCAGUCUAGAGGAUACAGCAGUUGCUGAAGUUCUCGAGGAGUGCGGAUAUGAAAUACAAGUGGAAAACCUAGAAAAAGUAUCCAGUUAUCCUUCAUCUGUAGGUUCUUGCGGAGACUUGCAAACCCUAUUCUAUGCCGAGGUGUCAGAUAAUCAGAAGGUGUCCCAAGGAGGAGGACUUCAAGCAGAAGGAGAGUUGAUUAAUGUUCGAGAAAUGUCUAUUGAUGAGGUGAAGGAGUACGUGAGUACUGAUUGUGUAAACAGUCCAACUGGUUUCCUGUACGCAGUUAGUUGGUUUAUGUUGAAUAAACUGUCAAAAUAUAACUAGUCAAACCAUUAGAUGCACUGUAAUAAACUAACUUAAAAUUAUAAUGGAUCUUGCUUUGUAGUUUAUUUUACCUCUUAUACCUUAAAUCCGUUCAUGUCUCCAUUUAUAAAAUAUUUAUUAUGCGAAUUAACACAAAUUGUCAUGAUCUUUAUGCAUUUAUGAUCCAUUUCUUACACUUAUCAGUUCCCUUUGACCCUUGUUAUGUCCAUCAAGACUUUUGUUAAGUCCAUCAUGACCAUUGUCAAGACGCAUUGUGAAUUAAGCACCCCCUGUUACAGA